AUGAGGCAAAGCAAAUCCGAUAGCGACGAUGACGAUUCGGUCGGCGAAGUUGCCGUCGAUGCUCAACUUAGAAGCUCUUUAGACGCCGAAUCUGUGAGCAGUUAUGUGGAAAAUGGCCCGCUUUCACCCGCUGCUCCAUCUGUGAGCCAGAAUGAGAGCAAGAGACCGGUAUCAUGGAGCGAGUUGCCCCGGAAAGACCAGCUUUUCAUUAUUACCAUGGCGAGGAUGAGUGAACCGCUUGUCCAGACGUCACUACAGCUUAAAUGGUUCGAUCCGUCGCUUCCCGAUUCCACAAUCUCCAGCCAGGCGGGCGUCCUCCACGCCAGCUUCACGGCCUCACAGUUCCUCACGGCGAUGAUGUGGGGUCGCAUAGCCGAUUCGAAGCGCGUGGGACGCAAAACGGUUCUGCUCAUUGGCUUAUUGGGGACGAGCAUAUCUUGCGUGGGCUUUGGAUUCUCGACGACGUUUUGGCAGGCGCUGCUGUUCCGGACGGUUGGUGGUGCUACGAAUGGCAAUAUUGGUGUGAUGAGGACGAUGAUCAGCGAAAUUAUCCGCGAAAAAAAGUAUCAGCCAAGAGCCUUUCUCCUCCUCCCCAUGACUUUCAACAUCGGCGUCAUCAUAGGUCCUAUCCUCGGCGGCAUCCUCUCCGACCCAGCUGGCAGCUACCCAAAUCUCUUUGGCGACAUGCCCUUCUUUGUGAAAUUCCCCUACGCAACUCCCAACAUCGUCAGCUCUUUCUUCCUGUUCUUCGCCGCCGUGGCCGUUUGGCUGGGCCUCGAGGAAACUCACGAUGUCCUGAGAGACGGGCCGCCAGACCUGGGCACCCGACUAGGGAAGAGACUCCUCACGCACUAUCGAAAGCGAUUUGGAACUUCGCCCGAGGCGGAGGGAUAUUCGGCAGUUCCGGCAUCUGACGUUGAGCUGAGGGCGGGCGAAGAGGACACAGCUAGGAGGAAAUCGACGAAGCGGUACACGCAGAGGCUGCCCUUUCGACGCAUCUUCACACGCAACGUUCUCGUCACGCUGGUUGCGCAGUUCUUCCUCACCUUCCACGUUGGCACAUUCAACUCGCUCUGGUUCAUCUUCCUCUCGACGCCAACCUCGGAGCGAGAGACUCGUCUGCCGUUUUGGUUCACCGGCGGUCUCGGUCUCCAGCCGCGGUCCGUCGGCAUGGCCAUGGCCAUCCUGGGCUUCAUCGGCAUCAACAUGCAGCUGUUCCUCUACCCGAACAUAUCAGCCCGCCUCGGCACCAUCAAGUCGUGGCGGUUCUUCCUGCUCUUCUUCCCCGUGGCCUACUUCCUCGUCCCUUAUCUCUCUGUCGUGCCGAGCACCGCGCCGCCUCCGGAGGCAAAGGCGGGCAUUCUGAUAUGGAUUGCCAUUUGCGGCGUGUUAUUCUUCCAAGUCACGGGCCGGACGUUUGCGCUGCCCAGCCAGGCGAUUCUCGUCAAUAACUGCUCGCCGCAUCCAAGCGUGCUGGGCACUGUUCACGGGCUUGGGCAGAGUGUUAGUAGCGCGGCUCGGACGAUCGGACCGAUGGUGGGUGGUGUUGUGUAUGGAUUUGGCCUGAAUAAGGGUAUUAUUGGCUUGGUGUGGUGGGCACUGAGCAGUGUUGCUGUUUGUGCGUGCUUGACGAGUCUAGUGGUGAAGGAGGGUGAUGGCCAUGAGAUUUGGCUGGACGGCGAUAAAGAAGACGAGCCGAGUACAGAUUGA